AUAAUUUUGCUGUAUUUAUAUCGAAAAUCUCCUCAACAAUCGAAAAAUGGACCAAUAUUUUUGAUGAUUGGUGGAGAAACGCCAGUGGAACGAACCUGGCUCACUAAUGAAGAAUUACCAUAUAUAAAAUUAGCCGAAAAAGUUAAUGCAAGCAUUUACCUGCUUGAGCAUCGUUUCUAUGGAAGAAGCAGGCCAAUUGAGGAUUUAUCCAUAAUAAAUUUGAAGUAUUUAAAUGCGAAACAAGCUAUUCACGAUAUCGAAUCAUUCGUCGAACAAAUAAAUCGUAGAGAAAAAUUGAAUGAUCCGAAAUGGAUCGCUUUUGGUGGAAGUUAUUCAGGUUACGAUAGGCCAUUUUUUUGCGAAUAA